CGUCCGACUGGUUGGGACCACAAGAUGUGCCCUUGGAGGGAUUCUCGUGGCGCGGCGGUUCCGAGCUCGUAACUACGGGCAUCCAGAUGUGGUCUGAGGUGUUUUUAGGUGAACUGAACUCCGGCGAUAAGGUGGCCAUAGUUUUAUUGGACACGCAGGGCGCGUUUGACAGUGAGAGUACCGUCAAGGAUUGCGCGACGGUUUUCGCCCUUAGCACCAUGAUCAGCUCCGUGCAGAUUUUUAACCUUUCACAGGACAUCCAGGAUCUCCAGUAUUUGCAGCUAUUCACGGAGUACGGAAGAUUGGCGUUCCAAAGGCUUCAAUUCCUGGUGAGGGAUUGGAGAUACCCGUACGAAGCCGAAUACGGAGCGCUCGGAGGUCAGAAGAUCCUGCAGAAGAGGCUGCAGGCGAACGAUAAGCAUCAUCCGGAUAUGAAGUCGCUUCGCAAUCACAUCAAGUCCUGCUUCACGGAGAUCGCGUGCUUCCUGAUGCCACAUCCUGGUCUGCAGGUGGCCACCAGUCCGCAUUUCGACGGAAAACUCAAAGAUAUUUCUGACGAAUUCAAGCAGAACCUGCAGAUAUUAGUGCCAAUGCUGUUGGCGCCCGAGAACCUAGUGCUGAAGCAGAUCAACGGACAGAAAGUCAAAGCCAGGGAUUUAGUGCAAUAUUUUAAGUCGUACAUUAACAUAUAUAGUGACAAUGAAUUACCAGAACCAAAGUCCAUGCUUGCCGCUACAGCCGAAGCCAAUAACCUGUCAGCCGUCGCUGAUGCCAAAGAUCUUUACAUGGCUUUAAUGGAGGACGUGUGCGGCGGCAACAAACCCUACCUGAACACCAGUCUGAUGGAUGCCGAGCAUAGGAGGAUCAAAGAUAAGGCUCUCCUUCAGUUCGUCAGCAAGCAGAAGAUGGGCGGCGAAGAGUUCAGCGAAAAGUACAAAUUGCAACUAGAAAAGAAUUUGGAUGAGGCGUUCGUGCAGUUUAAAUCACACAACGAGAGCAAGAACAUCUUCAAAGCGGCGAGGACGCCGGCCGUCUUCCUGGCGAUGGCAGUCAUCUGCUACAUCCUCUCCGGAGUGUUCGGUCUUGUGGGCAUCUACGCCGUGGCCAAUCUUCUGAACAUGCUGAUGGGUUUCUCCUUCUUCAUACUGUGCCUCUGGGCGUACAUCAGGUACAGCGGCGAUUACCGGGAGUUCGGCGUGACGCUGGACGAAAUCGCGACGUUCAUCUGGGAAAACGUAAGAUUUCUUUUGAUUUCACUACUAACCUCUUUCCUACUGAUCGUUUUCUUCGUCUGCUGGCAUAGGAACUAUGCCAGCCGACUGCAGUUAACCCCGAACAUCGAGAUUUAUUGAUAUUAAUUAAUUUGUUCUUUCGAUUAAUU